CGUCUUCAAUAUUCAUUUUAUUACACACGACCAUCCCAAAAGUCCCGUAUCUUCGAAUAGGACUGUUGGAUCGUCAUAAUGACCACCCCUGCCGACAUCGAACUCGCUAGUGACCCUGCGUGGCUGAAAGAAGAAACGACUCCGACACCCACCACAACAACGACAAACGUCACCAAUACUUCCGAUUGGGUGGAAACAAAUGCUGCGGCCACUACCGCCGUAAACAAUGGUAGCAACAACGGGCAGAAUACGGGCAGUGCGGCCGAUGCUGCGGCCCAAAAAACUUGGAACCAAUAUUUCAGAGAAACUUUUAAGCGCGAUGGGCGUCUUCUGUUGAUAACUCUAGGUAUAAUCAUCUGCAUGAACAUUCCCAUCGUCAAGUGGGCUCUCUAUCCCUUCACAAUUUUCAGCACAUGGAUCCAUGAAUUCUGCCACGGGAUGGCGGCCAUCAUUGCKGGAGGAAGCAUCAGCAAGCUCCAAAUCUUCCCUGACACGAGCGGAUUGGCCUACACAUCCGUCAAUCCAAAUCGGAGAGGCUUUGUCUCGUCGGCAGGAUACCAGGGGACCGCGUUCAUUGGAUUCUUGUUGUUGAUCUUCCGAAGGACGAAGCGGGGUCCCCGCACCGGAACCAUGAUCAUUGCUUGCACGAUGAUCCUGACUUGCAUUCUGUGGAUUCGGAACGUCUUUGGUGUUAUCUUUAUCCUGGCCAUGGGAAUCGCAUUUGCCGUACUGGCCUGGAUGCUUCCUUCCGAUCACAUCCGGAAUCUGUAUAUAAUUCUUGCCGUCACGUGUUCCCUGAACGCUAUCACGAGCGUGCACAAUUUGUUUGGCAGCAAUAACGUCGUCAAUGGGCAAUCUACAUCGACAGAUGCCCACACCAUGGCCGAAAUUAAGGGUGGAUCGUAUUUGCUGUGGGCAGUACUGUGGCUAUUUUUGGCAAUUAUCCUUACCCUGAUGGGUAUAAUAUUUGCAAUUCCUGGACCCGACGAAGUCGCUGAUUUCACAUGCUGUGGUGUGUGCCAAGAUCUUGGAUGUUUCACGCUGUGUAAUUAUCCGGGGCAGCGGUGCCUAAGUCGAAUUCGAGCGAGGGGAAACAAUGAUAAUGACGAAGGCAACACCAGUAACACUAACGGAGGUUCAUGAGUCAGAGAACGAAAGGACACACGUACAAAAUAAUCAGUUGAUCCUCUGGAAGCGGGCGUUGUUCAUUAUUUUUAUUUUUGCUACCAUAGCUACUUGGAACACCUGACGAUACACGGAAUCGAAGCCACUAAUGUGGUACUCAAGAAAACCUCGAAUAGAGAAAAAAAAUUCAAAUUUCGCGAAGGUGUACACUGAAGUCCUUCGCCAAAAAGUAUUUCUGCUUGAAGGUCAAUGGUUCGUCAUUCUUUCAAAUACACUAUCUGACAUCCGUGGGACAUUCAACGUUGUCCUCCGCUACUAUUCGAGGGGUUACCACGAAAUUUUUUGUUGUAAAUGCCUCCAAGCAGUCCAUCCUGUAAAUAUAUUUAAGCAAAGAAAAAUAAUAUCGAAAUAGCCAUGAUGAUCCAACGAUGCUGUUCGAAUAGAAUUCUGACAAGACGUCCGGCGUGGCGUGCUCUAUCAUCUAAUGACAAAAGCCAAAGGUUUGGUCACUUGUACCUUUUCACAAUGCAAAUUCCCAAGUGCACGGUCCCAAAUGAUCUGAAGCCCUUGGUUCUUGCAACAAAAAUCGGUUUCGUUUGGGGGCAUACUCGGGAGCAUGUCGACAAACGCAAGUCGGACCUCAAUACUGGAAAUCCCUUCAAGUUGAAGGUGGACAAAGCAUUUCCGUGCAACGACCCACUUACGUUCGAAGAAUACUGGCACAUGAAAUUCAAAUCGUGUCACCAACGUGGUGAAUGGUUCCAUUUGUCUCCGCAGCAAAUUCACGAAAUCGAAACAGUAAUGGAAGAGUAUCACGAGACUGGAACUUUUGCAGGUGAUAAGAAAUUGUGGGAUAGUUUACUGAAAAAGAACGAGACCAAAGUUCGCCGGAAUUCAGCGAAGAAACGAAUGCUUGAAGGUCCCCUCUCGAAACGAUCUUUUCAACUCGAAAUCAAAGGAAUUCUGAAAGAACAAAGGCAAAAAAUUCAGUCUGGAGCUGUCGACUCUCGAUCUUACUUAUCCGAUGAAGAUCAGAUCAAGGUCAGAAAGGCUCUUUCUGGACAUCCUGAGGCAGACGAAAAGAUUGGUUGCGGCGUUCGAAAAAUAUUUGCAAAGCAAUCAAAAUCUGAGUAUCGAACAUAUUGCUUCUUCGUAACGCGUACAGAUGGCAGUGAAGAAGAAUUUAGCUAUAAAUCGUGCUUUGUACCAAAGCAAAGGUUAGAAGGUUCAGGAAAAGAGGAAUUCAGGAAUCUCUCAUAUGGAAACACCCGUGCCUAAAUGAACUGAUGGACUUGUUUGCACACGAACGAGUCUGUCGGAAGAGGCACCAUAGCACCACGGAUCGCACUAAGCCGUCUACGAAGUUACCAAAUUAUUACACACARUCUGUUGCUUUAUUCGAACCCUAGAAAUUUACCCCUUGCUCGACAUCGGUCUAUAAAUCUAUACUUGCCAA